CCCAACCAUCGAUCCCAUUGGGCCCUAGCGGUUCACAAAGAGAACGAACAAAGAGGCACUAUGCUCCACGUAAGCGUAAUCGACCUCCCGAGGCUGGUCUAUCAAUAUGAUCUGAGGCGCGAUGUCGUACUUCGCAGCGCAAGCUCGGAAGGCCCAUUCACUGUGGCUGCAUUAGCCCAAGGCAGCGUUGACAGGGCUGUCCAGCUAAUCAGCGAAGAGCCUGCGCCUAGAGAUGGGGUGGAGAGAUGUCAGGACUGGGUGCUGAGGGCAAUGAUCACGCUCGAGGCAGAAGAAAUAGUUCCUGCAGGCACAUCUCAUUGGGUAUCUGGCUUGGUCGGCCAACCCGCAAACAGCGUGGCUCGGGCGGUGGGGGAAAGGUGGAUAUCUCCUGAUGCAUGA